AUGGCUGGAGAUGAAGAGCACGAUGGCGCCACCGUCCAGGAAAUCCUGAUCGAAGCCUGCCGCCGUAACAACCUUGAUCUUCUCAACGACUGUCUCGAGGACAAGUCCGACGCCGAGAUCUCAAAGCUCCUCAACGAGACCACAACUGUCAUGGGCAACCAUCUCUACCACGAAGCCGCCUCCCGCGGAAACUACGAAAUUAUUGACCACCUUCUCGACCAGCCCGAAUUCGAGUGCGAUCCCAUUAACCGUUCAGAAGGCGACACACCUCUCCACAGCGCUAUCCGUUGGAUCAAUUCAGAGCCGCCCGCGCAGCGACCCUUCGGCAACGCCCUCGUCGAGAUGAUGCUUGAGGCCGGCUCCAGCACACGAGUCAAGAACAAGGCCCGUCUUACCCCCUACCAGCUUGUCGAUCCUACAAACACAGAACUCCGCGAAAUCAUCCAGAAGCAUGAAUAUGCGAAUCAAAAUGCCGGAGACUUUAUCAAUGUCAACAACUCGGCCGGCCAUAGUGGAGCCGUGCUCGAUGUUCCAGACGACAGUGAUGACGAUGCUGAAUUCAGUGGAAGUGAUGAAGAGGAGAGAGCUGAGUGGGAGAGGAGGCGGAAGGAGAAGCAGCGCAAAUAG